AUGGGCAGCAACUCAAAUGAGCGCCUGGCGCGCAUUCACGAACUUGAAUUGCUCAGGCAAGAUGCCCUGCACAAGACUGAAUCCAUCACCCGCGACGAAGAAGCUCGACUCUUGCAGUUGCGGCUAUUAACGAUGCGAGACGAAAAUGCCAGUCUACGCGAAAAACUUGGCCAGAAAGACUUCAAGAUUAGCACACUUAUCAGAGAUUCUGAUCAAAUUAAAAUCGACUUAGAUGACAGCAGGCAGAUAAUUCGUGCCCAAGAGGCACGGCUGAAGAAGCAAGAUGUCGACAGGGCCAGCCUCAAGGCUGAAAUUGAAGAAGCAUUAAACGGCACAAUGCAGGAUUCUGGAAAGGCCAUGCAAGAGAAAUUCGCAUUGACGAGGGAACUGAAUCGAAUCAAGCCGGAAUUGGAGCAUUUGCAGUCACAACUCACCAGCUUCCAAGCGACAGUGGCCGAGAGAAACGAUCUCCGUCGACAGCUAGACUCUCUCGAAGUGGAACUGGAGAAUGAAAAGCGGUCAAAACUACGGUUACAAUCUAGGGAUGAUGACGCCGCAACGACAGAGCUAAAGUCGCGGCUGGAGAAAGCCGAACAGAAGCUCGCUGCGGAGAAACGAGAGCGCGAGAAGAUGAAGAAAGAGCACGAGCGAGAGUUAGCCUCGGCAAACGCAGAAAACGAAAGACUGGAAGAGCGUAUCUCCGACCUGAAAGAAAAGUCUAAGGCUUUACAAUCUGAACUCAAGGGGGUAAAGGAGCAGCUAGAGGACGCGCAAUCUGAGCUGGUUUGCGACAAGCCGCACGUUCUUCCCCGCGGAGGCGAGGAGAAGCCUAGGAAGGCUGUUGCUUUGACAGCUGACGUUGGAAAGAAGCGUCGUGCUGCAGCAGAGAUGAACUUUGAGUCAAUCACGAUUCAGACGCCAGGCAAUGACAUUGUCGCGCGGGAGAGACCAACGAGGAAGCGUGGAGCAGACAAAUCUACUGUUGGGGAGAAAUCGGCCUUCUCAGUCACGCCAUUCUUGAAUCGAAACAAAUCACUCACAGAUGAAUCUGGCCAGGAGUCGUCCCAUGAUGUAUCCGCAGAAGCUGAUCCGGAUCCCGUGCCAGACGAGCCAGCUGAUCAUGGACCGCCUUCAGAAUCAGAGGACGAGGAGGAGCCCGCUCCUAAGCCCAAAGUCUCCUUUAAAUCUACUGUUUCGUUCAAAUCCCCAGCUAAGCCCAAAAAGACUCGUGGGAGACCGCCAAAGGCAGCACCAGCGCCUCUCGCCGAGUCCACUCCCGCAAAGACAAACCGCGUCAUGAAAACUCGUGGAACGCCCAAAGUGAAGUCAAUACCAGACAUUUCUGUCGAAAAGUCCGCCGACAAUUCAACCAGCACAGACCAGGAGAAUGUUCCUAUCGCUGCUUCCAAGAAGGCAACCUCUGUUUUGCAGUCUAAGGCACCAGAAGGAGAAGUCAAGAAAAAGAAGCGCAAGUUACUGGGUGCUGCAAAUGCGACGUUGUUUGACGAUGACGAUGGCGAAGCGAUUGCCAAACCCAAGCCUCAACCUGCCACUGGCAGGAGGACGCGAACCGUUCUCGGGGGCGGCGUCAGGAACGCGUUCGCGGCGGGCUCCUCGUUCUCACCUUUGAAGAGGGAUCGGAGAGGUGUCAACGCUAGCUUCUUGGCUUGA